UAUCUGCCUGUUGUUUUAUUCGUUGCUGCCUCGACUUUGAUGCAUUCCCGGCGGCCGCAAAAUUUCAACGAGGGCCUAGAUGCCCGGGGUUGUGAGGAUGUGCCAGUGGCUGCGGCUGGAUAUGGAAUGCCAACAAGACCAUGGGACUGCACCGAUCCCUGGGCAUCCGAGAGCCGAUACCGGGCUCCAGUAGCUGGGCCGUGGGGGGAAAGGCAAGCGCCGGCGGUGGCAGCACCAGCCAGCGGUGUGGCGGCUGCUCCAGAAACAGCGGCUGGAUCCACUGGCGAGUAUUUAUAGUCAAGUUACCGGCAUCUCCAGCUCCAGGCAGCGUUGGGGCCCUGGAAACAAACGCUGGUAUCAGAGCAUGGAGCCCAGGGCCAUGGCACGGCAAGCCUCUGUCACUGAACCUGCCAACACAGAAUCAGUUAAAUAGAUUUGCAGGGUUUGGUGUUGGCCUCGCAAGUCUCUUCACAGAAAAUGUGUUGGCUCAUCCCUGUAUUGUUUUUCGGCGUCAGUGCCAGGUCAAUUAUCAUGCAAAAAGUUAUCAUCUUACUCCUUUCACUGUUGUAAAUAUUAUGUAUCAUUUCAGCAAAACUCAGGGAAUAAAAGGAUUAUGGAAAGGGAUGGGAAGCACAUUUAUUGUUCAAGGAAUAGCAUUGGGUACUGAAGGCAUCAUCAGUGAAUUUACACCACUUCCCAGAGAGGUUUCCCAUAAAUGGAGUCCGAAACAAAUAGCUGGUCAUCUUGUACUGAAAGGGCUGACCUGCGUAGUGGCAUUGCCUUUUUACUCGGCUAGUUUAAUUGAGACUGUGCAGAGUGAAAUCAUAAGAGACAAUCCAGGAAUACUGGAUUGUGUGAAAGAAGGUAUAUGUAGACUGGUGGGAAUGGGUGUCCCUCAUAGCAAACGCCUGCUUCCACUAGGAGUUCUAGUCUUUCCAACCGUCUUGCAUGGUGUGCUCCAUUACAUCAUCAGUGCCAUCAUCCAGAAAUUUAUUCUGUUUCUUCUUCAGAAAAAGACACUACAUCAGCACCCAGCUGAUGCUUGUAAUUCUGUACAAACUGUGCUGGAUGCUUACUACCCUGAACUUAUUGCUAGUUUUGUUGCAAAUCUUUGUGCUGACAUUUUGGUUUACCCAUUAGAAACAGUGCUUCACCGCCUACAUAUUCAAGGAACCCGGACCAUCAUUGACAACACAGACCUUGGGUUUGAAGUGCUUCCUAUAAACACACAGUAUGAAGGAAUGAGGGACUGCAUUAAUGUAAUCCAGAAAGAAGAAGGCAUCUUUGGUUUCUAUAAAGGCUUUGGAGCAGUUAUAGUACAGUACACAUUGCAUGCUGCUGUGCUACAGAUUACUAAAAUGAUAUAUUCUACAUUGUUGCAAAAUACAACCUAAUCAAGGAGUUUAAAUGUCACUAUACAGUAAGUAACCCAUAGUCCAAGUUAUGAAUUUCUGUAGCGCAUGUUAGAAGCACUGAAAUCAAAUGCACUCAGUUGCUAAACUUAAAUUAUUAACUUGGUGGACACUUGUUUUAAAAAUCAAAAUAAAUGUUUGUGAAAUUGUAAA